AUGGACGAACAGAUUGCUAAAAAAGAACAAUCACUUCGUGAACAACAAGACAGUGGGCUUCGUGUGGUCAAAGAAGAGAUCGAUGAAGAGAGCGCAACUUAUACCAGUUUACGCUCCCAACUUCCGCAUGAUGGAGUACUCGGCUACGAAGAAGAACCGGCAACGACUGAGCCACACAACGUUCCAGGAGAACCCGUUGCGAACGUCGCAGACAGUGUGCGUGUCGGUCAAGCAGCUCGCGAAAUUUUUGAACUGAGUCCGCUUGAACGGAGACUUCGAGAACACCGUGGUUACAAUGAAAACAACUGGACUAGCGCAGAACUGAAAGCACUCUACGAUGGAAUAACGUUAUACGGUACUACUGAAGACGCUUUGGAAGUGAUACAAAAGAAUUUUUGCACGACACGCACCUAUCAGCAGGUCCUUGCAAAGGUUGGCGAAAUACGGGCUAUCAAUGUUGAACACAGGGAGGAUCGCAUGAGAGCGGAAGGUGAUUUCUGGUUAGCAACAGGUUAUCGAGACAUCCGCACCGCUCCUCAGUACAUCGUAAAACCGGAGAUCGACAAUUGGGAAGCCGGCAUACAGCGCGUGAAUCGCCAGUUAAGGUCACAGAGUGAUCACGCCGUGCGUACUGUCAUUGAGAUAGCAUUGUGCAUCCAAAACCGCGAUGUUUUCCAGAAUGCUUUGAUGACAACACCGAACGAUGCCGAAACUCCAACUGUUUAUAAGGUGACUGAAUAUCGUCACGGUCGCAGUUACGGUAAGGAACAGUCAAUCAGUUGGCAACGUCUUGGCUCUUUCUUCGCUGGAGUGGUUCGACAUGUUCGCCCUUUGCCGGCUUUGAAUGCUCUUGAGGAAGUGUCUCGGACUCUUACUGAUGAAGACAAGGCAAUCAUACGUGGAUGGCUAACGAACAUUCAGAUGCGCCAUUUGAGCGAUUUUCUCCCUGAUACACCAUAUUCUGUUGAUAAUGCAGCUAAAAUAUUAUUGGAUCCUCUUCGCACUCGUCUUUGGAAUAUUCCUGAGCAAAGUAGUGAUAUCGAAAUAGGCUCUCCGAGUGUUGAAAUAGAGGUUGACUGA